AUGAAAAAUUUUAUUUUUCUAUUUUUUUUUUUGUUUUAUCUUGUUUAUGCACAAAUACCUUAUGAUAUUCAAAGUAUUUAUAAGCCAUUAAAUUCUCAUUCUGUUAAUGCAUUUCCAGGAGACAAGGUUUCAUCAGAUUAUGAAUUAAAGGAUAUUAAGAAUGAAAUUGAAAAAGAAUAUCCAGAAAACUCCUUAAAAAAACUUGCAGAAAGAUAUUAUAAGGAUGUAGAUGCAACUAAUCAAAAUAUUUUAGAAGAAUUAGAUCAACUUAAAGAUUUAUUAGGGGAAAGAUCCUUAUAUUUUAUUAUAUUUUAA